UUUGUUCAAUUUCUUUUUUUUUCGCUUUUUCGAAUCCAAAAAGAAGCAGCAAAGAAGCCGCUUAGUUCCCUGGUCACAUGGACCAAUGCCCAGUUCCCUUGCUCUUUCCCCAGCCGACCCACCUCACCGAAAUCGGUCCUUUCCAAACAGGUAUCGUUGCGCGGCUUCCCCCGACCUAUCCGACCGCUGUCUCCGCCCAGAACUGCUGAGAAACGCCCGCAAUCCCCAUUCCAUCCACGCGCUUUGGAAGAUCGACACCGCCAGUUUUCGUCCUCCUUCUGAUAGGUCAUCUUGAACAUCUUCAUCCUUCAUCCUAUCAUCAUCCAGCCCUGUCCUGUCUAACUCACACUGAUACCCCCUUUCGCCCAUCAGCAUCAACAACAUCGUUACCGAUCAUCAGACUCCAAGCGACAACUUAGCUGGGAAAAAGGUUGAGGGCAUCCAUCCAUAAAAUCUCAGUUCGGAAGCGUCGAUAAAGAGCCCAUUGAUCCCUCUUUUGUCACACAACAUAACCGAUACCCCUCAAGCCAAGUCCAGACACCUAAGCAUCUUUUGACUUGCUGAACAGCCGCCUCUUUUUGCUGCAACUCUAGAGCUUCCUGUCCAUCAACAAUCCUUCGAUUCUGCAACCUUCCGCACCUGUAGUCAUAAGAGCGACCCAGACAGUAUGGCUGUCGGAAUCACCCAGACCAUGGCUGCAGCCACUACCAACGUCCCCUUCUGUCUCAAAGCUACCUUCAAGGAGACACCAAGCUUAAACAACUUCGAUAAGCUCGUCCAGGCCUUGAAGGAUGCCCUGGGACCGUCGUCGGGUUUGACUUCAGACGAUGUCGAUGUCGAACACCUUACUCGCUUGAUGCAAGACUAUCAAAGUGACGAGGUAGAAUGGUCGAGGUUCGCCUUUGGUGAUGCAAGCCGGGGGUACACCCGCAACUUGGUUGAUGAAGGGAACGGGAAAAGCAACCUUCUCGUUCUAGUCUGGUCCCCAGGCAAAGGCUCACCCAUCCACGACCACGGCAACGCCCACUGCCUCAUGAAGAUCCUCCAAGGCAACCUCACCGAAACCCGCUAUGCCUUUCCCGACUCCACUUCAUCAUCAUCAUCCUCCUCCUCUCCCUCCUCAGAACCAAAACGAAUGAAAGUUAUUGCGGAAAAGGUCUACCGCGAAAACGAGGUGGCCUACAUGGCCGACGAGCUUGGCGUGCACCGCGUGUGGAACCAAGACCCGGACAACUUUGCCGUCUCGUUGCACCUGUACACGCCGCCCAACGUAGCAAAGGGGGGCUGUCACAUCUUUAACCCGGAGACGGGAAAGAAGAGCCAUGUGCCCAAGUGCGGGUACUACUCGGCUUAUGGAAAGAGGUUGGAUGAGUAAGAAAAGAGAGACAGAAGAGAUGAAAAGAGAGACGAUCUGUAAAAAGAGAGGAGACGAUACUCAGUCGAGGUUGUAGUCGAUGAUGAGCAUACACGACGGGUGGAUGGAUAAUCGAUACAUAGAUGAAGAAGGUAAGGGUCGGUGGCAGGUGAUGAGCCUCGUUUUGUCGUCGAAUUGGAGUCGAGUCGAGUCCGUUUGCAUAGUUUGAUUUCGUUGGGUUGGAUGGGGAUAUAUAAUGACGAUGAUGAUGUCUCGUCAAGUCGAGGGAGGCGUUCGGUUGAUGAGCGGUGAUUCAGGGGCUAUUGUUAUUCCCAGGCUAGUUUGUUUUCGUUCAUGUUGCUAGGUAGUAAUUGUAUUGUUGCUUGCUUGCUU